AUGCGACCACAUUCAGCUCUUCGUCAGGCCAGGACGCUACUGAACCAAGAAGCCUCCUCCAUCGUCUCAAUCCCAGUCUUCCUCUGCCCAACCCUGCUCAGGACCCCGAUAGCCACCAGGCGUCACCAUACAGAGCCGACUCGGCCAUCCAGACCCUUGUCGACAUUCGCACGAACACUGCAGCAGCGAGCCACUCUUUCCACCCCAGACGUAGUCGAGAGUCAUCCACGCCCUACUGCCCCAAGACUGCUCCCUCGAGCUUGUCCAGGAUGUGGCGCACCAGCACAGACUACUAAGCAGAGCGAGGCUGGAUUUUACAACACAGAGAGAAGGUCCCUGCGGGAAUAUGUCAACCGACCUGUGGAAAGGGCAGCAGACGCUUCAGAGGAAGAGGACGUGUAUAAAAAGGCACUCGCCAACAUCAGUCCAGAGCUGUUGGGUGAGCUGAGGAUAGCGAAAGACGGUGAUGGCAACAACAUCUCGCACGAAGAUCAAUCUCUCCCGAUUCCAGUCUGUGAUCGCUGUCACAACCUUCUCCACCAUCACGUGGGGACGGCAAUCCACCACCCCUCCGUCGAAGCCAUUCAACAGACUAUCGCCGAGUCCCCCCACCGACGCAACCAUAUCUACCAUGUCGUUGAUGCUGCCGACUUUCCCCUCUCCAUCGUCCACAACCUCCAAUCCUCGCUUCGCAUUCCCAAGCUGCGAACCCAGAACAGACGAGCAAAACACAAAGGCUGGGUGGCCAACGACCGCAUAGCAGAAGUCAGCUUCAUCAUCACGCGUGCCGAUCUUCUCGCCCCCAAGAAAGAGCAAGUCGACGCCCUUAUGCCCUACGUCCGCGAAGUGCUCCGUGAUGCACUCGGUAGACAGAACCAAAACGCCCGCCUAGGCAAUGUCAGACUUGUGAGUGCGAAAAGGGGCUGGUGGACCAAGCAAGUCAAAGAAGACAUUUGGGAGCGUGGUGGCGCAGGCUGGAUGGUGGGCAAAGUCAAUGUCGGGAAAUCCAACCUCUUCGAAGCUGUUUUCCCAAAGGGACGAGGCGCCGACUAUCAGAAUAUACCCAAGAUUCGUACUGCUGCGGAGCGCGAAGCCAUGCUCGCGGCUACCAAUUCCCUAGAAGAACUGUCAAAAGUGCAACAACAACUCGCCGAGGAAGAUGCAGAGAUGGAGCGUCUCAAGAACAAGCCUGUGGAACAUGUGCACCAAACCCCUGCCGAAGAUGAACAGCGUGAUGAAGAGGAAGAAGACUGGGAAGAUCCGGAUUCCCUCCUUCCCCCACCCCAACCCUACACGCCUUACCCGAUCUUCCCCAUUGCCUCCUCCCUCCCCGGCACAACUGCAUCGCCCAUCCGCAUCCCCUUCGGACGCAACCGCGGCGAGCUCAUCGACCUGCCCGGCCUCGCCCGCACAAACCCCGGUCUCGAGACAUUUGUCGACCCCACCUCGCACUCCUCCCUUGUGAUGACCUCGCGCAUUAACUCAGACCGCUACACCCUCAAGCCCGGACAGAGCCUCAUUCUCGGAGGCGGCCUAAUCCGCAUCACGCCCACAACCCCAGACCUCGUCUUCCUCGUCCACCCUUUCGUCCCCCUCCACCCCCACAUCACCCGCACCGACAAAGCAAUCGCCUACCAAACCCAAACCUCAGACCGCCAUCUCGAGUCCCUCCUCGCCCCCUCCGUCGGCCCCAAGAUGCGUAGCGCAGGCAUUUUCCCCCUUCGCUGGGACGCCACCAAGAAACUCGCCGGCCCCCUGACCUCCAGCGUCGCCGGCAAAAUGAAACCCGAGAACCUCCCGUUUUGCAUUUGGAGCACAGAUAUCCUCAUCGAGGGCGUUGGCUGGGUCGAGGUUAGCGCCCAGAUGCGCCGCCCCCAUGGCUGGAAACCAGCAGGUAUGCACAAGAAGGAUCCGAACCACGCGCAGAUUGAACGGCAGCGAGAGUUGCGCGCCUUGGAAACGUACAAGGAGCGCAAGUUUGCGGCCCUCAGGCGGGCGGAGGAGCAGGGCAGGGAUCCCGAAGAGGUUUUGGCAGAGGAGUUCAAGGAGGAGGAUGAGGAUGCCGAGGAGGGUGCCGGUGGGCUUGGGCUUGGGCUUCAUGAUGACGACGAGUUGGUUCCUGCGGUCGAGGUGUUUAGUCCGUUGGGCAAGUAUGUGGGGCAGAGGAGGCCCAUGUGUGCGAGCUUGGUCAGUGGACCGAAACAGAUUGCGGCGAGGGAUCGCAAGAUGCGGCCGAGGAGGAGCAUGGUUAGUGUAAAGAACCAAAGGGCGCCAAAAGAACGAUGA